AUGAGUUUCCAAGCUCCUCCAGGUUACCAGCCCAUCUACAACCCGAUGAUCCCAUAUAUAGGGCCCAUCUAUGGCGGUUUGAGGAUGGGGAUGUCUGUGUACAUCCAGGGAAAGGUUUCCCAUGAGACCACCAGGUUCAACAUCAACCUGCAGUGUGGGGAGAUGGAGGGCUGUGACAUCGCCUUUCACAUGAACCCUCGAUUCGAAUUCUGGGACAAGGUGGUGUUCAACACCUUUCAAAAUGGCUGCUGGGAAGGAGAAGAGAAGAUCCACGAAAUGCCCUUCAGCAGGGGAGACAACUUUGAGUUGGCCAUCGUGAUCAAUUCGGAGGGCUACCAGGUGAACGUGAACGGUCGUGAGCUCUACCUGUUCCAGCACCGCAUCCCUCUGGAGCGAGUGACUUCCCUGGAGAUCGGGGGAGACGUUUCCGUGCAGACCAUCAACAUCAUCGGGGGGGGAGACCCAGCUGGAGGGAUGGGGGGAAUGGGGGGAAUGGGGGGAAUGGGAGGGAUGGGAGGAAUGGGAGGAAUGGGAGGAAUGGGAGGGAUGCAGGGAGGGAUGGGAGGGGGCAUGCAAGGGUAUCCAGGCAAUGGGAUGGGAGACAUGGGGGGAGGGGGAGGGAUGGGCUACCCUGGGGGAAACCUGCCGAUGAUGGGUGGACAGCCAAUCUACAACCCAUGCAUUCCCUACUCUGACAUGAUCCCAGGAGGGAUGAUGCCAAGGAGAACCAUGAUAAUCAGGGGCAUGGUGCCCUAUGGAGCCAACAGGUUUGCUAUAAACUUCAGAGUGAGCAGCUGUGAAGACAUCGCCCUCCAUUUUAACCCACGGGUGUCGGAGGGGGUGGUGGUGCGGAACAGCUGCAUGGGUGGGAGCUGGGGGGAGGAGGAAAGAGAUCUCAACUUUAACCCCUUUGAGGAGGGGCAGUACUUUGACAUUUCGGUGCGCUGUGGGAAUGAGAGGUUUUCAGUGUUUGUAAAUGGGCAACACGUGUGCAACUUCUACCACCGUUACCAGCCCUUCACCGAGAUCGACACGCUGGAAGUCGAAGGGGACGUGCAGCUAUCCUACAUACAUUACUGA